AUGCCACAAAUGAGGUACGAUUUGGUCAACUAUGACAAAGUGAAGAAUGAAUUUUUAGACGGCUUGGCUCAACAAGACUUCUUGGACGAGCCCUUCGUGAACGUCGGAGAGCUGCUCGAUAUUGAACAGUCUCUCGGCUUUCCAGCAAAGAAGUCUUGCCAGAUUUCUCAACUUAAACUCAACAGAACGACCAUCUUAGUCAAGCUAGAAGUUCUACAACUGGAUUCCAUUAAGGGUGAAAGAGCUAUAUCGGUG